AUGCAACAAGUCUCGCGGAACAAGACAUUUGGCGGCGAUAUUAUCAAGUAUGAGUUUGUGUCGAAAUCGCUCGGCGGCUUGACCACGCAAAUGAACGUGUUCAUCCCACCGAAUGCUAGCGACUCUGCCAAGGUGCCUGUGCUGUAUUAUCUUGCGGGCCUGAGCAGUACCGAAGACAACGGUGCGCAAAAGGGCAACUUUUUUGCGAGCGCGGCGCAAGAGGGCAUUGCAAUUGUGUUUCCCGACACGAGCCCACGCGGAGCUAACAUCCCGGGCGAAGACGAUGCGUACGACUUCGGUACGAGCGCAGGUUUCUACUUGAAUUCGACCAAAGCGCCAUGGAGCGAGCAUUACCGCAUGUUUGACCUCGUCACGAAAGAGAUCCCCGAGGUACUUGUCACAUCGUCGCUCCCAAUCGAUGUGAAGCGUGCAUCGAUUAUGGGGCACUCGAUGGGUGGGCAUGGCGCACUCGUAUCUUACCUAAAGACUGCCGAGGGUACGUACCGAUCCGCCUCGGCAUUUGCGCCGAUCAGCCACCCGACCCAAUCGCCAUGGGGCACCAAGGCAUUUGACGGGUACUUGUCUGGCGGUGUCGAGGAAGGCAAGGCCUGGGAUGCCUCGCUCCUGCUUGCGAAGCGCAGUGCAAAGGCGACGCAUAUUUAUGUCGACUGCGGCACCGCCGAUCAGUUUUAUCAAAGCGGGCAGAUUCAGCCGGAGCGCUUGGUCGAGGCCGCAAAAGAAGCGGGAGUCCAAGAUAGCGUGCUACUCAAUAUGCGCGAAGGCUACGACCACAGCUACUUUUUUGUGAGCACUUUUGGUGCGGACCAUGUGCGUUGGCACGCCAAAUUCCUCCAGUAG